GUCCCGUAAUUAACAAGAACGUCCCUGUAGCUUCUCUCUAACCCUCACUCUCACCCCGAGAGAGAGAGAGAGAGAGAGAGAGAGAACCGAGACACACCAUACAAUGGUGGUCGCCGGAUCCCCCCGAGGGCGUGAAGGCCUUGCUGGCCUCUCGGACAUGAGGCACCUGGCGGUGCAGGUCAUCAUGGGACGGUGGUUCAUGGUGUUCGCGUGCUUCCUGAUCAUGGCGGCCGCCGGGGCGACCUACAUGUUCGGGCUCUACUCGGAGGACAUCAAGGACUCGCUCGGCUACGACCAGAGCACCCUCAACCUACUAAGCUUCUUCAAGGACCUCGGCGCCAACGUUGGGGUCCUCUCGGGGCUCAUCAACGAGGUGACGCCGCCAUGGGUGGUGCUCUCCAUGGGGGCGGUCCUCAACUUCUUUGGCUACUUCAUGAUCUGGCUUGCCGUGACCAAGCGCAUUGCGAAGCCGCAGGUGUGGCAGAUGUGCCUCUACAUAUGCAUCGGCGCCAACUCACAGGCGUUCGCCAACACCGGCGCCCUUGUCACCUGCGUCCAGAACUUCCCGGAGAGCCGGGGCGUUGUGCUGGGGAUACUGAAAGGCUAUGUUGGCCUGAGUGGCGCGAUCAUCACGCAACUAUUUUAUGCGUUCUACUACAAAGACACCAAGGCCUUGAUCCUCCUCAUCGGAUGGCUGCCGGCUGCCAUAUCAUUCGCCUUCGUCCGCACCAUCCGGAUCAUGAAAGUGGUCCGCCAGCCCAACGAGGUCAAGGUCUUCUACAGAUUUCUCUACAUCUCCCUCGGCUUGGCCACCUUCCUCAUGAUCAUGAUCAUCAUCGAGAAGCACUUCAAUAACUUCACGCGCCCUGAGUACGGUCUCUCCGCUGCUGGCGUCCUCUUCUUGCUCUUCCUGCCACUCGCCAUCGUCGUCAUCGAGGAAUACAAACAAUGGGCACAGAAGAGAGAAGCCCUAAACGACCCGUCUCCAAUCGAGAUCACCACGGAGAAGCCGAACCUGGAAACAUCCCUCCCUCUGCCACCACCUCCCCCGGAGACGGCACCCCCUACUGCCAUCUUGAACAGCGGAGAACAGCUGGAAAAGCAACCCUCUUGCUGGAGAACGGCGUUCAGGCCACCGGACAGAGGUGAAGAUUACACCAUACUCCAAGCUCUCUUUAGCAUAGAUAUGUUCAUCCUCUUCUUGUCCACCAUCUGUGGCGUGGGGGGAACGUUGACGGCCAUCGACAACCUGGGCCAGAUCGGGAAGUCACUUGGCUACGCGACUCAGAGCACAAGCACGUUCGUCUCCCUCGUCAGCAUAUGGAACUACCUCGGACGCGUCGUCGCUGGCUUCGUCUCUGAGAUCCUCCUGACACGGUACAAAUUCCCACGCACGCUAGUGCUCACAAUCAUCCUCCUCAUCUCAUGUGCUGGCCACCUCCUGAUUGCAUUCGAUGUCCCGAACGGCCUCUACUUCGCAUCCAUCAUCAUCGGUUUCUGCUUCGGCGCGCAGUGGCCACUGCUCUUCGCAAUCAUAUCCGAAAUCUUCGGGCUCAAAUACUAUUCGACUCUCUACAACUUUGGCUCCGUGGCGAGCCCCAUCGGAGGGUACCUGCUCAACGUUAGAGUAGCCGGUCAUUUGUAUGACAAAGAAGCCAAGAAACAGCUGGCCGCUCUAGGGCUUGUCCGGCAGCCCGGCCAGGACUUGGAGUGCACUGGAGUCAAGUGUUAUCAGUUGUCGUUUCUCAUAAUAACGUUCGCAACAUUGUUUGGUGCGUUCGUGUCGUUCAUUUUGGUGGUGAGGACGAGGAAGUUUUACAGGAGUGAUAUUUACAAGAAGUUCAGGGAGGAGGCAAAGGCAGCCGAAACGGAGAUGGCUUUGAAUAAUGGGACGACGACGACAAUGCCAGCGACCACGACGGAGGUAAAAGGUGGGCAGAGAGAAUCAGACACAUCACAAUAAAUUGUACCUUUUGCAGGUUUUAAUUACUAUUAGCAGAAAGAGUGAUUAGAGACGUACUCAUACAGAAAUGGCAAACGAUAGAUUACAUGAACGACGGAAAACGAAGACGUUGCGUAAAGAACUUUAUAAUCCACUUCAUCAUGAUUUCCGUUUA